UCAGAUGAAUGACCACAGUGAGGCGUCCAAGGCAGUCUUCUUUAUAAACUACCUCGUCUUCUUCUUCCCCGAUCCACCGCAAGUGUUCGACGGAUCGCCGAUGUCGGGUAAAAGGGACUGUGGCCACCGCGAUGGCGAUUGCGAGCGGCGCCGCUUCUACCGGAGGCUGUUCGCCUGUUUCCUCUUCCUGAUCGUCAUCGUCCUCCUCAUCGUCCUCAUCGUCUGGCUCGUCCUCCGGCCCACCCGCCCCCGCUUCUACCUCCAGGACACCUCCGUCGUCCAGCUCAAUCUCACCGAAGGCACCGGCCUCCUCACCUCGGUCCUCCAGGUCACCAUCUCCUCCCGCAACCCCAACGACCGGAUCGGCAUCUACUACGACCGCCUCGUCUCCUACGCUCGCUAUCAGGGCCAGCAGAUCACCACCUCCGCGAUUCUCCCCACCGGCUACCAGGGCCACAACGACGUCAUCGUCUGGUCGCCUUACCUCUUCGGCCUCUCCGUCCCGCUAGCUCCCGACCUAGCCGCCGCCCUCUCCCAGGACCAGCACGCCGGGUACGUCCUCCUCUCCGUCCGCAUAGACGGCCGCCUCCGGUGGAAGGUCGGCACCUGGAUCUCCGGCAGAUACCACCUCCACGUCAACUGCCCCGCCUUCCUCGUCCUCGAUUCCUCCAAGCCCUACGCCCCCGACGCCGGAUCCUACUUUUACCGAUUCCAGUUCCCGCAGUACGCGCGUUGCAGCGUCGACAUCUGAUCGGGUCGCAUCGGCGUCGCCCGUCACAACCCCUAACGGCGGUGAGACACACGCUCUCUCUCUCCUUGACGCCGUCAAGUAACGGUCAUCUUCGACUCUUCUCUCUCUAGGCCUAAUUUAAUUUUCCAGUAUAAUUAAUUCGAAUAUAUCUAUAUAAAGUGGCAACACGUUAUUACGCUACAUAAUUAAUUUGUAAUUAUUGGAAUAAUUAAUGGCAUAUCGUUUAAUUGUAAUUA